UGUAUACCAGACUUCUGAUCAAAGGCAAUAAACUCUGAAUAACUAGUCUAACUAACUACGCAACAAUAACCAGAAACUUUAUCUUCUUCUUCUCUCUAAAAAAAUCCCCCUUUUGUUAUCUUCAUCAUCGUCUCCCACUCUCGUCGUCGUCACCACCACCACCACUGACACAGGAAACGUUUCAUCAUCUGCAACAUCAACAAUUUCGAAGCUCGCAAGAAGUGUUUGUUAACAAUGGCGUAUGUUGAUCAUGCCUUCUCCAUUACAGAUGAAGAUAUCAUGAUGGACAACACUUAUGCAAUCAACAAUAAACCUCCUAUUAAAGAGAUCGCCUUAGCUGUCUCUCUCCUCGUCUUCGGUGUUGUCGGUAUCGUCCUCGGGAUUUUCAUGGCCGUCAAUCAUGUUGGUGGUGAUCGAGCUCAUGGGAUGUUCUUUGCAAUAUUAGGGGCGAUCUUGUUCCUACCGGGUUUCUAUUAUACAAGGAUUGCUUACUACGCGUACAAGGGUUACAAGGGUUUUUCUUUCUCCAACAUUCCUCCCGUUUAAAGGUCGAAUGUUAGAUUUAAUACUCUACUUGAUGUGUUUUCUGUACAUAGAAAUGGAUUAGUGAUCAAAAGAAAUGAAAUAUCACCUUUGUUUCUAGUUGACAACUGUUAUUGUUGGUAUUUCUUUUGUGGAGAGGUGAUGUGGUGUUGGUGUUAAGGUGUUUUUAUUCCGUGCUGUGAUCUCGAAUAAUCCGCGUCCUGUUAUGUAGUGAUGUUGUGGACUUGCUUGAGAUUUCACAAUGUGAAGGAUGUAAUUGUUUCUUGUGUAUCCGACUAUCCACGGAUUUAAAUCAGCCUCUUUUGUGGUUUUAAUGAAAUUUCUGUGUACUUAGUGUUC